AUGCAAAAUAAUGUGGAAUAUAAUCGAGCUCUUGGACCAGUGUAUGCGUUUCGUGAUUGUUCAAUGAUUUUUUCCCGUGCCGCAGAAGGGCAAAAAAGUUUGAAUGAUCAAAGAGAUUUGAAACUUCAAAAAUCUCAAUUUAUGUCCAACGAGAUUUUAGAGAGUAGUACAAGUAGUAUAAGUAGUAAAGAAGAAGCCAACAUGUCUUGUGAUGUUUCCGAGUUUAAUUUCAAUGAUGAAAAUGAACCUGGACCAUCCUGUUCAAAAAGAAAAAGAGGCAAACGACAGUUUAUUACAUCAAUAUUUGUUGCUGCUUUUGACAAAUGUAAAGUAAGUGAUAGAAAUGCUGUACACUUGUUAAUAGCAACUGUAGAGGCUCUAAAUUUAGAGUUGGUUAUUAACCGAGCUUCUAUUAACCGUUGUCAUGAACUUCUAAGGAACGAACACGCACAAAAAAGUUUUGAGAAGUUUCAUGAAAAAAAAAACCAGCACAGGGGGGUUGCGGCACAGUGGUGACGUGGCAUAGUUGAAUCAAGUAUAAUGAUAUCUGAUAGUGAUUAAAAUCACUAUCAAAAAUAAACGCUUCGAUGCAAAUCUUUAGAUAGUGUUAAAUUUUAA